GGCGGGACAGAGGACAGAGGGCGGAAGCUCCAAAGUCAUAUGAUCGAUUCGUGAUAGCUCUGGUUCUCCUCUCAUCGCACAUCGCAAAGAUGGCUAGCCAGACGCAGGGUAUUCAGCAACUUCUGGCCGCCGAAAAGCGUGCUGCGGAGAAGGUGUCGGAUGCUAGAAAACGUAAAGCACGUCGUCUAAAGCAGGCUAAAGAAGAAGCCCAAGAUGAAAUUGAGAAAUAUCGGCAGGAACGUGAGAAACAAUUUCGUGAGUUUGAAGCCAAACACAUGGGUUCGAAAGAAGAUGUAGCUGCACGUAUCGAGGCUGAUACACGAAUCAAGAUAGAGGAAAUGAAUCAGACCGUCGCUGUGCACAAAAACUCGGUCAUGCUUAAAGUUUUGGACUUGGUGUAUGAUAUCAAGCCAGAAUUGCACAACAAUUAUCGCAUUGAGGUCUAAGCCGCAGGAAUUGCAUCUAAUAGUUAUAAAUAAUAUACUAUAUAUUAAUGCUAUAAAUGUAUACAUUAAAUAUUAUUGUUCACUUACACCAUAUCUUAACGUAUUUAUCGCUGUUAUAUCGUAUGACAUGUUAUAUUUUAUUGGAGAAACUAUACAGUGUAGCUUUAGACAGUGAUACUCAAACUACUACUAGAAUUUUUUCCGCAAUUGUUAUACGACAAUAAAUGUGUCCAUAUUAUUAUUAUCGCUGAGCUUUUUCGUCGGCACGUGUUUGGAUAGUUUGAGAAUUACUGUAAUGUAUUUGCAUCAUAACAAAAGAAAAAAAUGUAAUAUGUAAUGGAAUAUCAUUCGAUGUGUCAUGGCCUAGACACAUCGGAACGAUAUAUUAUCAUUAAGCUAAAUAUGGCUAAAAUAACCUAGGGUGAUGGUAAAGAUUCUUUGUUGUUAUAAAUGUAUUGUAUAUUAUUAGAUGUCAUUCCAUGAUUUCUGUCACAUCGAGGACGUGAAACUUAAGAUUUUUUCCUACAGCUUUUCGCGGUUUACGGACAUGCUCCCAGUCAAUAGUGAACCACGUAACGAUGUAGCAACAUUUAAAUUUGUUUUAUCUUUUAAAAUCUAUUGAAUUUACGAAAUGAGUAGGUUUGUCUCAUAUAUAUAUAUAUAUAUACACACACAUAUAUAUAUAUAUAUAUAUAUAUAUAUGUGUGUGUGUGUAUAUACACAUACCCUAUGUAAAUUGACUAAUUGUCUGCACAGUAUUAUAUAGUGCCCAAAAUAAAAAAUUAAAGAAAAAAGAA